GCUUCCUGACUGCACAUUACUGUGUUACAGGAAGAUCACACAGUGAGGACGUCCAUUGCUUGUAUAGUGUUUACAAUCUGCAACAAAGAAUCACUUGGCUGCAUUCAGCUUGGAGGCAUUGCAGGGACUGCGUUGUAUUUCUGCGUGCCCUGUGACCCCAGCAGCAGCCAUGGGAGGUUAUACAGGCCAGGCUAACAUUACUAUCUCCCAAGGAGUCCGGAUGAUGUUCUAUGUCUUGAAUCCCAAUGAGACCUCCUUUAAAACUGUGGAGGAAGUGCCAGAUUACGUGGACAAGGCCACGGCAUAUUUCCUUGUGAUGCUUAUAUUGGAGAUAUUCAUCGAUACAGUUUGGAAGGGUCGACCCCUCAGAGUUAAUGACAGACUGACGUCCCUUUCUGCAGGAGUUAUGUCUCGCCUGCCAGAUGUUGCAUUCAGAGGCGUGGAGUUGACCACUUACAUAUACGUAUGGAACAACUACAGACUGAUGGAGCUUCCAUGGGACUCUCCUUGGACGUGGUGGUUGACGUUCCUGGGUGUGGACUUUGCUUACUAUUGGUUCCAUCGGAUGGCACACGAGGUGAACAUUAUUUGGGCCGGUCAUCAGACUCAUCACAGCUCAGAAGACUACAACCUCACUACAGCCCUGAGACAAUCCUUCCUUCAGAAAUACUUUUCUUGGAUGUUCUAUUGGCCGAUGGCGCUUCUCAUCCCCCCGUCGGUGUUUGCCGUCCAUCUCCAGUUUAAUCUCCUCUACCAAUUCUGGAUCCACACCGAGAUAAUAAAUAAUUUGGGUCCACUGGAGCUGAUCCUGAACACUCCGAGCCACCAUAGAGUCCAUCACGGCAGAAAUCCCUACUGCAUCGAUUCAAACUACGCCGGGACACUCAUCAUAUGGGACAGGAUGUUUGGGACUUUCGUGGCGGAGAAAGACAAAGUGGUGUAUGGCCUGACCCAUCCCAUCAACACAUUUCAGCCAUUUACAGUGCAGCUUCAGCACCUCCUCUACAUUUGGAAGACUUUCUGGAGCACUCCGGGCUUCUCCAACAAGCUGUCUGUGAUAUUUAAAGGUCCAGGAUGGGGACCUGGAAAACCUCGCCUCGGCCUUCCUGAGGAACUUCCAAAGGUUACUGGAGAUGAAAAGCCUUAUGAUCCCAAACAAUCCAAAGCUGUACAACUCUACUCGUGUAUACAUUUCAUUCUCCUGAUCGCCGUCUAUCAACACAUGUUUGAAGCUAAGCAUAUGUUAUCAGCGAUCACCAUCCUAGGAAGGAUCCUCUACAUACUCCUCAUGUUGACGUCGGUGGGAUUCCUUCUGGAGAACAGACCGGGAGCACCUGUAUUGGAAAUAUUCAGAUGUUUCGUCUUUCUGCUGCUCCAGAAAUACGGAUUCCUGUCCACAGACAUUCCUCUACUGACAAGUAUUUGUGAGGUAAUAUUUUCCAUCUCUGCGGCUUCAUGGGGCCUGAAAGCUAUCAGCCAGAGAAUGUUCAAGAUGAAGAAAGAGGACUGAGACUUCACAGAGUGUCAACACGACUAGAGACUGCUACUCCAUGCUCUAAAAGAGCCAUAGAUGGUCUUGUGAAACAAAUAAUGAUGGUACAGCAUCAGCACUUCACCUCGCGACAUCUCUGCACUGUCAUCACAGGGUUAUCCGGUGAAAUUCCAUGUUAAUAAUUGACAAAUUGUGCCCAAUGAGCAUUUUAAUUUUUGGUACCGAGAAUUGCAUUUAAUAUUUUUAACUGUAUAUAGAAUUGAUACUUCAAUAAAAAAA